GACGCAGGCGGGCGGAAAUAGCGCUGGACGAAGGCGAGGCUAUGAUGACUUCAUGGGGUCAGCCAAAAAUGUGAUUAGCGAAUCUGUUGACUUAGAGGAUGGUUACAGCAUGAUGGCUUCUUUCCAGCGCUCUAACAGUCAUGAUAAAGUAAGAAAAAUAGUGGCUGAGGAGGGUCGCACAGCAAGGAAUUUGAUUGCAUGGAGUGUGCCUUUGGAAAGCAAAGAAGAUGAUGGAAAACCAAAAUGGCAAAUUGGAGGAAGAUCUAAAAAAAUAAUUCAAGGAACCCACAAAACUACUAAACAGCAUGGCUGUGAUGGGUUUAUUCAACAUCACAAAGACCCUUUGAGGAGAGAGAGCCCACCCCAUGCACAUGGCCUACUGCUAAGGGACAUUCAAAGACGGCAGCCUGGCGCCACAUCAGACUGUAAAAUAGCGGCAGCUGGGGAUAAAAGCCCCACAAAAGCGAGGCAGCCACGGAAAGUGGAUCUCCGAGCACGCUACUGGGCUUUCCUUUUCGACAAUCUGCGACGUGCAGUGGAUGAAAUCUACGUCACUUGUGAAUCAGAUCAGAGUGUGGUUGAAUGCAAGGAGGUGUUAAUGAUGCUGGAUAACUAUGUACGAGAUUUCAAGGCUUUGAUUGAUUGGAUACAGCUACAGGAGAAGUUAGAGAAAGCAGAUGCACAAAGCAGACCUACUUCGCUCGCAUGGGAAGUAAAGAAGAUGUCCCCAGGACGCCAUGUAAUUCCAAGCCCGUCAACAGAUAGAAUCAGUGUAACAUCAAAUGCACGAAGAAGUCUAAAUUUUGGAACACCAUCUGCAACGGUGACUUCUAACCGCCUGGCUCCAUCGGGUGUAAGUUGGGCUGACAAAGUGAAAGCCAACCAUACAGUAGCAGCUCCCAGUUCAGAGAUGGCAACGACACAAGCAUGCAUGCCAACUCCAGUUCAGAAAUCUUCACGGAGAAAUGAACGAAAGGAUGCUGAAGGAUGGGAAACGGUCCAGCGUGGGAGGCCUGUGAGAUCUAAAUCUUUUCCUUUGGCCACAAAAUCAACUUCAUCUGCAGAACUAUCACGGCUCAAGGAUGACAGUGACAAAGAAAAUGUAAUUCUUCGCCCAUCAGAGAAUAAGCAGAAGGAUUUGUUAACUGAAGACAGUGUAUCUAAAACUACAGAGCCUAUCUGGAAAGAUACUUCUCAUCCAUGUGAGCACCCCCUUGCUGAAAGAACACAGUUCACAGCCCGUGUCCUGGAGGACAUCAAGGUCUCUGAGAAGAAUGGUUUGGCAGAUGGUUCUCUGCAAGCCCCUUCCGAUGUGCCAGUCAUUCUCACAGAUGCGGAGCAUACCUCAAAGGAUCCCCAAGUAGAAGAAGUAGCCUCUGAUGUUUCCAGGAGUGAAGAUGGGAGUCAAGGAGAAAAACAUAAGAUUGAAAGUGAAAUGGACCCAGCAGAUAUUUCAAAUUCUAUGGCAGAAGUUCUGGCUAAAAAGGAAGAGCUGGCUGAUCGCCUGGAAAAAGCCAAUGAAGAGGCCAUUGCUAGUGCCAUUGCAGAGGAGGAACAGCUAACCAGAGAGAUUGAAGCUGAGGAGAACAAUGACAUAAACAUUGAAACGGACAAUGACAGCGACUUCUCUGCUAGUAUGGGAAGCGGAAGUAUUUCUUUCUGUGGCAUUUCCAUGGACUGGAGUGAUGUCCUGGCUGAUUAUGAAGCUCGGGAAUCGUGGCGUCAAAAUAACUCUUGGGGAGAUAUCGUGGAAGAAGAACCUGCUCGUCCACCAGGCCAUGGAAUACACAUGCAUGAGAAGCUUUCUUCACCCUCUCGCAAAAGGACGAUUGCAGAAUCUAAGAAGAAACAUGAAGAAAAACAGAUGAAAGCUCAACAGCUGAGAGAAAAAUUACGUGAAGAGAAAACCCUGAAGCUUCAGAAAUUAAUGGAACGGGAAAAAGAUGUACGGAAAUGGAAGGAAGAGUUGUUGGACCAGAGGCGGCGGAUGAUGGAGGAAAAAUUGCUCCAUGCUGAAUUUAAACGUGAAGUGCAGUUACAAGCAAUUGUGAAAAAGGCACAAGAAGAAGAAGCUAAGGUAAAUGAAAUUGCCUUUAUAAAUACAUUAGAAGCCCAAAACAAGCGUCAUGAUGUUUUGUCCAAACUAAAAGAAUAUGAACAAAGGCUGAAUGAAUUGCAGGAGGAGCGCCAACGAAGGCAGGAGGAGAAGCAAGCCCGUGAUGAAGCUGUUCAGGAACGUAAAAGAGCUCUGGAAGCAGAACGUCAAGCCCGAGUUGAAGAGUUGCUAUUGAAAAGGAAAGAGCAAGAGGCUCGGAUUGAACAGCAACGGCAGGAGAAGGAAAGAGCCCGGGAAGAUGCAGCCCGUGAAAGGGCCAGAGAUCGAGAAGAGAGGCUAGCAGCUCUGACAGCAGCUCAACAGGAGGCCAUGGAAGAACUGCAGAAAAAGAUCCAGUUGAAGCAUGAUGAGAGCAUUCGGAGGCAUAUGGAACAAAUAGAGCAGAGGAAAGAGAAAGCAGCUGAACUGAGCAGCGGAAGGCAUGCAAAUACGGACUAUGCCCCUAAGCUUACACCAUAUGAACGAAAAAAGCAGUGUUCAUUGUGCAAUGUCGUGAUUUCUUCUGAAGUCUAUCUCUUUAGCCAUAUUAAAGGGAAAAAGCACCAACAAGCAGUGAGAGAAAACAGCAGCAUCCAAGGACGGGAGCUUUCAGAUGAAGAAGUGGAACACCUGUCAUUAAAGAAAUACAUAGUGGACAUAUUGGUAGAAAGCUUGGUUACAACAGAGCCUUUAAAAGAUGGUGAGGAGAAACAGAAGACAAAAAAGAAAGCCAAGAAACUAAAAGCACGGAUGAACUCACGGGCGAAGGAGUAUGAAAGUGUAAUGGAAGCUAAAAACAUUUCCUGUGAUUCUCCAUACAAGGCAAAGAUGCAGCGAUUGGUAAAAGACCUCCUGAAACAACUUCAGGUUCAAGACAGUAACAAGGUUUCUGCUCUGGAUAGGAUUUUGGGAGAGAUUUCACGUAUCUUGGAAAAAGAGAAUGCUGCAGAUCAAGUUGCAUUUCACGUUGCGGGGGGAUUUACAGCUCUGGAACAAGUCCUUCAGGUUGUGACGACUUCCACCAAUCUGAACACAGUUUCUCGGAUCCCUCUGAAGUCCCUCUGCAGUGCAAUAAAUGCUUACCACCUGGCUUGCAGUCACUGUGUGGAGAAUUGCACCUAUGUUUUGUUCAGCAACAAGAUCACUUUUUUAAUGGACCUGUUGAUGCACCAGUUAACGGUUUAUGUUCCAGAUGACCACAAUGCUAUCUUAGGUAGAACUGCAAACAAGCAAGUGUUUGAAGGUCUCAUAACUGGAGUCCUAAGGAUUGUGGCCACAGUGUUUGGGUGUCUGAUCUCCAGUGUACCUUAUGGAAACAACCAGACCAGUGCAUCAAAAUUAAUUCAAGAAACAAAAAACAAGACCUCACAAGCUGAAGUUUUUAACAGUAGGAUACAAGACCUCAUCAGCUACAUGGUGAAUAUAGGAUUAAUUGAAAAGCUCGGUUGCUGUUUCCUCUCCGUCCAAGGCCCAAUUGAUGAAAACCCCAAAACAGCCACUUUUUUGCAGAAUGCCACAGCAGCGUUGCAUGGGAUGUGCCAGCUCUGUUUUGCUGUUAAUGGCAGGUCUUGGAACAUAUUUGAUGAAUCCCGUCAGGAUCCCACAGGACUAACAGCCACUCUUGAGGCUACGGAUCUGGUGGGAGUCUUGCACAUGCUGUACUGUAUUCUUUUCCACGGCACAAUCACAGACCUGAGCACUUCUAGCCCGAAAGAGAGUUAUGCAGAGAAUACUGUCCUAGUAGCUCUUCAAAGUAUACGCUUCUUCAACAGUUUUGCUGCCCUCAAUCUGCAAGCUUUCCAGUCUGUUGUUGGCGCUGAAGGAUUGUCCCUUGCAUUCCGGCACAUUAUAAGCUCUUUGUUGUGGCACUGUUCUCAGCAUACCUGUGAGGCACUACUACAUGAAGUCAUUGUGUGUGUUGGCUAUUUCACUGUAAACCACCUGGAUAAUCAGGUGAUUGUUCAGUCCGGCCGCCAUCCUACGGUGCUGCAGAAGCUUUGCCAGCUGCCUUUCCAAUACUUCAGUGAUCCUCGCCUCAUCAAAGUCCUUUUUCCAACCCUGAUAGCUGCUUGUUACAAUAACCCCCAGAACAAGCUCAUUCUGGAGCAGGAGAUGAGUUGUGUGCUACUCGCCACAUUCAUUCAGGAUUUCACACACAGUUCGAGCCAGACUGAUAACCAGCCUUGCCAACAAAAGGCAGAAAAGAUCUUCAGUCCCCAAUAUUACCUUGAGCUCUGUAACAGGUUCCCAUGCCAGACUUGGGAAGAGGCACGGCAAUUCUUCUUGAAGAAAGAGAAAAAAUAAGAAUCCCCCCCCCCCCCCCGGUUUCGAUUUCAUUCUAACUCUUUUUAACGGUUAAAUAAUUUCAUGACGUUGUUAAGAUGGUUUUUGUAUUUAAAAAUGAACAUAUUUGUAGAUAAAUAUUUAUAUAUCUAUCUAUAUUAAAAUAUAAAAUUUGCACUAUUUCCAUCGAAAGAAUUGUACAUACUUUAAAAAGCUCUUUUGUUGUUUGGAAAAAAUGUUUGUUGUUCUUCACUACAUGCUACACCAGUCCACCUCGACCCAAUGGAUAUGGUAGGCUAAAACCCAUCACCCCCAGUUGUCUUGGGGGGAAUUGGCCGUGUUGGCUGUGGACGAUGGAUGUUGUAGCUCUUUGGAGAGAAAGCUAUGCAUCAGAAACCCUUUGGUUUGGGUAGGAAGGCAAUGCAACAUCACAGUUCUUUUAACCACGUGAUGUUAGCAUCUCUUGCACUGUAAAGCUGCUAGCAUUUUGCUCAGAAUAGAGACAUUGGACUAGGAUGACUUUCUGCACAAGCUGAAUUAAAAUUGGGGCAUUUGGGAAGAUAAAAAUACACCUUAGGAUGCUAUUUGGGAAGAGAGCAGUAGCCUCCUUUCCUCCAUUAAUUUCAGCAUGCUGUGCAAAAAGACUAGCCAGUAGGAAAAAUUUGCUCCAGGUCCUAUUCUGUAUAACUUGUAAUAAAGUAAUUUAUUUCGUUUGGUUGUCUUGUUUUGUAUAACUUUUUUAUACCUCUCUCUCUAUGUAUGAAUGCUCCCAAUGUAAUUCCGUUCUUUAGAGAGCACAAACCCCCAAAUUUAGACAGGAAUAAGCUAUGGAAAUAUAACGCCUCUUUGGGCUCUCUUUCCAAUUCACUUAGGUUUUGAGGAGCACGUUGCAAAAGAGAUGUGUGUGUUCUUUUUCAAAGGCCGAUCCCACGGGUUUGUAAGUGGUGAGAGUUUUCACAAAAUGUAUUAAAAGCAAUAUUACAACUGGUGA